AUGGCACGUCCAAGGACGGUUCGCGCGCCAACUUCAGCCAGCCUCCCAAACAACCUCCGAAUUCCCUCCACCUCUCCGUCUUUGAGCAAGACUCUGGGCAAGCUAUCGCGCCAAUCGCUGCUAGACCUGGCAUUAACAUGGCUGGAUGAUCAGAAUUCUGCUUCAUUUGUCCCUUUUUUGAAAGGUGACGAGCGGGGGAGCCGCGAUGAUGAUGAUGACGAAGCUCUCCCAUACCCCGCCGCAGAGACCGUCGAAGAAGUUCGCCAGAUAUAUGAGGACCUGCAGGAGCGCAAAGGUGGGAAACGUGAAGUCCUGGAGAGAAUACUCGAAGGUGACUGGCGCCACGGACUCACGUUGCGCCAGCUUGCAAUGGUAGAUCUUCGCUACAUGGAUGACCAUCCUUCUAGCUUGCGAUGGACAGCACUGGAGCUGAGUCGCAUCGAUCCUCGGCGAAAGGAAUCGGCUUCGAAGAAUGGUUCCGAAGACUGGUCUGCCAAUCUCCCGCGCAUUCAAGCAGCGAGCUUCGUUAAGGCUCUACAGCAAGAGGUCGCCUCCCUGGUCAAGGCACACUACCACCUCGCCCGCUCGUCCACACUCCCUCUGACUUUUCUCCGAAUAUUCGUCGUCGAUUCGCCAUACCAACCACCCCAACAAUCACCAGAAAUAUUCGCAGACUCGGCUCGCAUUAUCUACGUCGCAUUCCCCGACAGUUGCCCUUUCAUAUACACCUCCGUUGCAGCAUCGACAGGCGCCAAACCUGCUGCUCCGCCAUCCACGUCCAUCGCAACAGACUCCCGUAGUCUGCAGCGUCUAGUUCGCGACGCGAUCCCCAAGGCACUUUCACGCCCACAUGAGCGAUACACACUCAAGGCCACCGCUCUAGCCGCGAAGAACCUCCCAACUCUCCUCGCCCUCCGUGGCCCCGGCCGCUCCACAGCAGCGAAUGGCAGUUUCAGCAUCUUCGCAGACGCUGCCCUCGAAGGAAGCCCGUUAGAUCCUCGUCCCGCAGACACUGUAUCCGCAGAGGACCAUAUCCUUGGUGGGCAGAGAAGGCCUCUCGGCACAGAAGACAAGGAGAAUGGCGAUCCCGAAAAUUCGGCCUCACAGAAAGUCUGCAAGCGCCCUUCUUCCCGCCGGGAUACUGAUACUGUACCUCUAACUCCGGACUCGAAGAAGCGACGGCUUGCAGUUGAGUCGCGCUUUGGAACGGCAGGCUCUUCGCUCAAUCCCGCGCCUCUUGACCGCCUUGACGUCCGGUUUCUGGAUGCCCUGGAUAGCGGGCUCGAGGAUGAGGAAGAGCAGCCCAGUUCUACUCACCCUGUGGUCUCACUUUCGUUCACUGGGUCUGAUGUUAUAGGUGGCAUCCGCCAACUUGCAGAGCUGGGAGUUGUCGACCCUCACCGGAUGCCUUCGUGGCUGACUGGCGAGGAGGCUGUUAGUAUGGCUACAGUGAAGUCAGGACAACGGGUUAAGAUGUCCUGA